GAAAUGUUUACAUGUAUACCUUAUAGACAUCAGUGUAUGCGGCUGUUUGGAGAAGACUAAAUAUAAAUUUAAAGCUAAAUCAGUAACAUUAUGGCUCUCCAAAAGGCGACGGAAUUAACUGUUGCUAACACGGAUCCACAUCGACAAGAAAAUCAGAAGAAAAAUGUAAAAGUGUUGGACGAAGAAACCUAUACAAAGAAUCUUGAGAAUAUCAUUGAAAGAGACUUUUUUCCGGAUUUGCCCAAACUCCAGUCACACACAGAAUACUUCACAGCAUUGGAGAACAAUGACUUGGUAAAGCUUCGUGAGAUACAGAUGAGGAAGAACACUAAUCGACCCCAUACAGGCUCCACCACAGGAUAUGCUACACCAGCAACAUUUGAGACUCCAGAACCAGAGAGUAGACAGAAAUCUCCGAAACGUAGUGGUGGAGAGAUGGAGUCAGAGUCAAAAACAACAAAGGAAAAAGACCUUGCAUCGCUGGAUAGGUACUUGUCUAAAAACACCAGUGAAGAUAAUGCAUCAUUCGCAGAGAUUCUGGAGGAGACACAAAAACAACACAAAGAGAAACAUGCCUGGCUUUAUGAAAAUGAAAAGGACAGAACAACAGAGGAGGAAGAACGUUUGGCAUUACCCAGCAUAGAGCAACAGGCUAUAGAAGGACCUCCUCAAGCUGGAGCAGACUCGUGGAAAUACAAGGCUAGAAACUCUCUUAUGUAUGUUCCUGAUGGUGUAGAGUUAAGUGAAACUGAACUGAUGGAGUUGAGAAAAGGCAAAUCAAGGGAGAUAAUUCAUGAAAACACUAGAUUCAAGAUUAGUCCUUGGAAUCAGACUAGAAGUGCUGAACAGAUAAAACAGGCAGCAUCAUUAAAGGCUCUAGCAUGUUACGGCAAGAUAGGACACGAUGGAAAAGAGGUCAUGCCCUUAGAAUCACCAAAAGUCAAUGGGUAUGGUUUUAUGGGAACACCUUCUCCAGCCCCAGGGGUGGAGGACUCACCAUUGAUGACGUGGGGAGAGAUAGAAAGCACUCCAUACCGACUAGAAGGUAGUGACACACCCCUCACUGCUGCUGGUGGUCCUACAUUUAAGAUUCCAGAACUGCCAAAAAGAGACCAACUUGCUAUGGACUUAGCAGAGAAGGCAAGUAAGGCUCACAGAGACAAGAAGGAGAAAGCGCUGAAGUCAGUACAAGCCAGGCUGUCAUCAUCACCCUCUCCAAAAUUUGGAAGAUCUACAACAGAAAGACUCCAAUCCAUGUCACCAGCAGCCCAGAGACUGGCAACAGCUCGGCUUGGUGUGCGGACUCAAACGGACAAAGCUUUACGAGCUAGUUACACCCCAUCUCCCACUCAUAGACACACAGGAGGCAAGACUCCCACACUUACUCCUAAACUCACCCCAAAACAUGGCAGUAAUACCCCCACAGAGGAGAGGACUCCAGGAAGUAAAAGACAAGGUUCAGAUAUUGUUUCUCUCACUGACAAUCUGCUGCAGUUACCAAAAAGGAAAAAAGCUUCAGAUUUCUUCUGAUGAAUGUAUUUGUAAUCACUUGUGUCAACUUUACCCUGUGGAGUGUGAGUGAUUUCUACGGUGAGAUUUGGCAGAAAUGCACCCAAAAAGUCCAAAUGUCCAGAAACUUUUUGAUUUGUGUUGCAAGAUUUUUGUUUUGAAUCACAUUUCUCUUGCAAACAAAUUUUUUCUGAACAAUAUUUGUUGAACUCCAUUAGGAUUAAUUCAAUGUGGAAGAACAGCGGUGGAAGUCAACUAGACAUUCCAUUACACAGGAGAUGAUUUCACUAAUACAACUAAUUUUCACAUCGAUACGAAUGGAUAUUAUCAGCGACAUGAUUCUGUGUAGAGAUAAAAACAUAUCAGGGACACUGGAGAACUGUGACUGUUCGUACAUUACAAACAGUUGUAUUUGGUUUUAACAGGAAUUUUGAGAAAAAAAGGUAAAUGUCAUAAGAUAUGUCCACACCUUUGUCACGUAAAGUUCAAUGGAGCAGAACCGUUUUAGUCUCACCUGGUAAACAUACAUGUAAGGAAGUGUUAGAGCUUCUGUGAUUUGACAUGUAUAAUACAUCAGACAGCAUUGUUUGUUAAUAAAGAGUCGCUAUAAAACAGAUGGACUUGUCCAAGCUCAUAGGUCCUACUAGGUCAAGGGUAGAUUUGUUAAUAAAUAGUCACUAUCAAACAGAUGGACUUGUCCAAGCUCAUAGGCCCUACUAGGUAAAGGGUAGAUUUGUUUCACACAGAAAUCUUCAUUACUUGAUAGUUAUAUUAUUAUGAAUGGUUAAAUAUAGAAACUGGAAAUUUCCAAAGAUAUACAGCUUCUGUGAGAACUGAUUGAUAAGUUGUGAGCUUCGUGUUUAAGGGUUUGACUUUUGGCGGACAUGUUGCAUUCUUUUUCACCAUAAUCUCCUGCAUUGAAUCUGUUCUGACCAGGCUAUCAUCAUCAUAAGUCAUAUGUUUUCUACUGUACUGAAGUCUGUACAAGCUGGGCUAUCAUCAUCAUGUCAAAUACACAUUUGCCAGCAAUGUCAUCAUCCCCAAGGUUCUACCUGCCACGCUUAAAUUCUGCCACCUACCUUUUUACUGUAGCGUAUGAAGGAGCAUCAUUUCUUAGUGUUGUUACCAUGUCAGUAUGGAUAUCCUUUGGUGCUAGACCUUUCUUGUACAAAUAUUGAAUCACUGCUCUUUCAGUGAUUUGGUCCAUUUCGCAAAAGUCACUUAUCUUGUAUCCUAUAGAGUGCUACCUUUUCAACAUCAACUGACAUCAUUCCUCAGGGAACACAGUCUAAAAUAGUCAGGGAAAAGUAGAGCUGAAAAAGGACAUCCCUGCUUAACUUCUUCAGUUCAAGGCCCACAACUUAUCAAUAAGUCCUCGUAUAGGGCUGAUUAUUUGGUCAUGUUAUCAUUUCUCAAAAGUUAAAAAAUAUUAUUCCAUUAUCAAUUUUCAAUCAACAUUAAGUAUAUUUAUAGUAUAUAUUGUUAAUAUACUUUAAAAUAAGCACCAUAUAUACCAGUAUGUGUGCAUUCAUCAAAACAUAUUUUGUUUUAGUUUACAAGGAUGAACGAUUGAUUCAUGUUUGGGCAAGUGUAUGUGUGUGUAGGAAGUUUCACUAAAGUUUUCAAGUUGAAAUGAUAAUUCCAUGAAAAUUUUGUGUGAGAGUUUGACUUGUUUGUUUUGACAAAUACUUGAAACACAUAUUUAAUUAUUAUAUAUGUUAAUUAUAACAAUUAUGUACUGCCUCUUGAAAUUGAUUUGUUUCACUCUUCAUUCUGUCCCUUUUCAGUACAAAAUAUGUUUCUGGAAAACCCAAAGGUGGAAGGAAUGAUAAAUGAUUUGGAAGGAGAACAAAGUCCUUUGAAAGCUGAUAUAUUCAUUAAUGAUUUAAUUGUUUUCAAUAAAUUUUCUAGCUGGCCUGGAA